AUGGCCGUCUAUCCCCAGAUUCACAAUGCAACAUACGACUCGACCUUUGACAUGGAUUACUACAGCCAGCAGCAGAUGCCAUGGAUUUACUCACUUUUCAAGCCGUUUGGCAUGAAGGGAUACACCAUCACCACUCUGGAACGCACUGCCCCGUACAGCGUUCUUACGCUCAUGUACUUUAGCACCGCUGAGCAAUUUGAGGAGGCAUUGGCUGCCCACGGUGAUGAGAUCUUUGCUCGUGUGCCGCUCUUUAGUAGCGAAUUCCCUCCUCACUAUAUUGGCGAAGUCACCAACACCACUAUCUAG